ACAGAGAUACUUUGAAAACAGGGCUGGGACAAAAGUGAGAAGCAGCCACACCUGUGUACCCUGUUGCUGUUUAUCUGUCCGUUUGUGUAAGCUGAACACACAUGUGCAACAGGUGGAGAACUUCAUGGAGGCAAAGCAAACCCAAAGCAAGAAGCUUUCCAUUUCAUAUGGCUGUCAUGAAAACUGUGGGUUUUUGGUGCUUUGAGUGGGAACCAGCUCAGAAAUAGGAGUAUGGAGAUGAUGUGUAUGUGGUAACCUGUUCAGCCAAGCUGAAGGGAGUUUUGCGUCAGUUGUUCAGAGGGCAGAGAACUGCAAAAGCAUCUCCUGCUUGGUACGACAUGAGCAUGUGGGGGAUCCACAGUCUGAAAGCAGGAUGCUGUCCUCAGAGCACGUUUGCCUCUUCAGUUCAUUUCAACUGAGUUGACAAAAAUUAAACCAAGUCUACUGGUCUGAGCAAUUCCAGAUGCACCUGUGUCUGAAACUGGUUUUGUCUGGAGGACAUGUGUACUAUGGCAAGAACUUCAUUCAUCAAGAGCCAACAUUUUAAGCUUAUUGAGACAUCUGACAGUAAAAAUAAAUGUCUCAAGGGAUUUGUUGCAAACUCAUAUACAAGCCUGCUUUUGGAUGCUCAAGUAUCCUUGAGGAUGGGCUGCCAGUACCUCGGCAUUUAGGCUCACUGCUGUAGAAGUGCAGAGAGAUUAGAAAUAUAUAUAUAUAUAUUUUUUUUUUGAAAAUGGGAGAAAGUUAUUUUAUACUGACUUUUAGUUAUUGUUAGCAUUUUCUAAUUUUGACUUUCAGAAACCCAGAUGUGCAUUUUUGUAAAAUGUCAAAUGAUAAAAAAUAUAUUGUAUGUUCCACACACAGCCCUCUGUGCGGCCUUGUAAAUAUUUUAGUGACCUAUUUAGAGCAAGCGGCUUUUGUUGAACACGGUAGGCAAAUACAGAGGGAAACAGAAGCCCUGUCAUCCUUGUGACAAUUGUACGACCAUCUCUAAUCCACCCUCUUAGCCUGAUAAACAAGUGUCUGUGCAUGAGUUUUGAACAGAAGGUGACCAUCACCUUCUGAUCUGAGUGUUUUCUUGCAAAUACUUCAGUUAGCCUGUAAAGCAGGUAAGCAGUAAUACUGUUUCUUUAUAACUCCAGUCUUACCUUGAAUUUUGUUCUGGUUUUUUGUUUGUUCGUUUGUUUUUUUUGUUUUGUUUUGUUUUUGUUUUUGUUUUAAGCUUUCUCCUGGGUCUUAAUCAAAACAACGUGUUUCCUUUCACCUGAUUUCUAAUUCUAGUUAUUCUGUGAGUCAGCUACACAGUAAAUAAUUGCAUUUCCAUCUUUUUUAAGUUUUAGUGGUGCUUCCCUUUCUAUUUUCUUACUGCAUGCUUGAUGAAGCAAACUCUCUGGUGUGCCUAGCUCAUAGUUGUUUAUUCCAGGUAAUUUACAGGGAGAAAAAAUCAUGCCAAACAAGCAAUUCCAAAUAAAGUGAAAGCCGUUGCUCCUAGCCUUGCGUCUCUUUAUGAUUGGUGUCUCAUCACCUUAGAAUCAGCUCUCCUGCUUGCUGCUAUGUCCACACCACUGGAGGAUGCUAUGAACACCUUGAUCAGGAUUUUUCAUCACUACUCUGGCAAAGAAGGAGACAUAUACAAGCUCAGUAAAGCAGAACUCAAGGAACUCCUCACCAGUGAACUCACUGACUUCCUUUCAGGCCAAAAUGAUCCCCUUCUGGUCAAUAAUAUUAUGAAGGAUCUGGACUCCAAUAAAGACAAUGAAGUGGAUUUUAAUGAAUUUAUGACUCUGGUUGCAGCUCUGACUGUGGCAUGUAAUGAUUUCUUUGAAGAACAACUAAAGGAAGAAGGAUUUUAAAAAUGCUCAAUACAGUCAAUCUCUUCACCACAAAUGCAAUGAAGUAUGUCUAGUUAGCUAGUGCUUAUCAGCAUUUAGUGAAUGCAAACCAUCAUCAGUCAAACUGCUACUGCAAUAAGACAGCUAUAGACCAGAUCAACAACUGGUGUAAGCUGGGCCAAAGACAUCUUGCACUACUUGAGAUCUGGCUUUUAGUAUUCUCAGCCUUUGCACUGCAGGUGUCUGUAACACACAUUCAUCAGUUUCCCAGGUCGUGGGCUUGGGGUGGCAGGGCACUUGGCAGGAGUUAAGACUUCAAUUUCGUGUCAGUGGAGUGGGAAGUAAAAGGAACAUGAAUGUUGCUUACAUACUUUCAGAAUUGGAAAAUUUGGAAUGAGACAUAGAAUUUGCAAUUUAGUUUUCAGUCAUUCUGUAACAAACAUGUUUCUGCAGGUCACAGAAAGCCGUUUGUUUUUUGAUCAGCUCUGCUUAUUCUAACGCCCUUUUUAGUUGCUGCUCCAUACCUUCCUGCACUCUUAUAUUUCAGCUAUGGUCACAGCUGCCUCCUGCCACCUGAGCAGAUGGCAUUUCUUGCCGUGAUUAUGGGUUCAUUUCCCCCAAUCUCCCCAGCUUCCAUUUUGUUGUGUUGGCAUUACUGCAUCCCAGUGGUCCACCUCUUUGUUCAGCAUAAAUGAAUUUAUUCAUAUGAUAAAUUAUUCAAAUACAUAGAGGUUUUAGUCAGCAAGCUGCUCUGAGGGUUGAUGGAAGAACUGGGUCUUUAGGGGAAAUGUAAAUGCCUGCUGCUUUCACUAUUCUGGCACCCUUAAGAGGAGGGCUUUUAGAGGACCACUUGUGGAGGAUUUCAUGAUGGGAUCCCAGAGUACAGCUUCAUCAUAUGAGUCAUCUGAUGGAACAAUAAUUUCUUCAUGUGCUGAUCCAACUCGCUGAAUGGAUGUGGUGUAAAAGGGGCAGCGGGACCCCACAGCCAGACAUGGAGAGAGAAAUGUUUCAGUGUUAACCCAUCCUUGGACUGAAAUAAGUGUAUAUCUAGAUUCCUGUUUAAACAUACUUCCAAACCCCCACAGGUCCUUAGUGACAACAUGUUGCAGCUUUUUUCUUGCAUGGAGUGCUCUCAUUGUUUAUUGUUUUUUGGUUGGUAACUUCAAACUGUAA